AUGAAGACUUAAGUGAGCCAAUAAAACACUCCUAAAGCUGCAUCGAAAUAUUCAUACAAAGAUUCCUACUAAUAACGAACACCUCUUCGAUAGGAUAAUUUUUUGAAUCUUUACGAAAAAUAUUUGAAUUGUCAGGGAAGAAAAAGGUCUCAUUAAAUGGAUGAAGCUCGAAGCCCUUUACAACAGUCUACUUCCCUGCAUUAUUUAAAUAAAAAAAAUGAUGUCGGUGUACAUAGGUUUUCUCUCGAUAAUUUCAACUUGGAUAAGAGUUCUAAAGGAUUAAAGUCAUAUCUCACAACCAUCAAUAGUUCAAAUAGCAUUUUAAAUUAAAAGGCCAACAAUUCCUACUUUCCAAACAAAAAUGACUCAAGUUAGGUCCGAUCUUAGACAGCAGAUGGCCAAAGUGUGUUGACUGAUGAAGUCGAUAAAAAACCAAUUAAGGACAAAUACAUUAUUGAUGUUGUGUGCAAAACUAAAAGGUUGGCUGAGAAGCUUCAAUAGAUGAAUAAACAAAACCAAAAGAUGAAGGAAUCAUAAAAUCUAGCCUUUCUAUUAAAAGGUCAUUAGCAGAAGAAAUAAUCAUUUACAUCUUCUGAUUUAAAGAAGGUUUUAGCGAAAACUAAAAUAAUUCUUGAAAAUUACAAAAGAGAGAACAAACUACUAAUUGAACAUAAUUUAUUCUUGAAUGAUGAAUUAUUAGAAUCACAAGAUUAACUAAGAUAAAAAAACGAAGAAAUCUAAAGAUUAAGACAAAUGCUAUAUUAACAAUGA